AUGGGAAUUACAGGAUUGUUACCUUUAGUGAAGCCAAUUAUAAGAAAGAGGACAAUCAAAUACUAUAAAGGUAAAAGAAUAGGAGUUGAUGGUUCUGUUUGGUUGCACACAAUUGCUUCCAUUGUAGCUUUUGAACUUUAUCACAAUAUUCAAACUAAAUUACACCUUCAACAAUUUAAACGAAAGUUGGAAAUAUUGCUUAAGAAUAACAUUAUUCCGGUAUUUGUAUUUGAUGGUGAUUUUAGUAUAGCUAAAGAACCUACAACUUUAAAGAGAAAGGAAAUUAGAGAGAAGUAUAGACUUGAAGUAGAAAAUGCUAUUGCAAGGGGAGAUGAAAAAACAGCAAGGAAAUUAAUGGAGAGAUGUGUAAAUAUAACACCUGAAUUUAUGUACACAGUACUGGAAAUGUUAAGUUCCAAUAAUAUUGAAUAUAUUAUAGCACCUUAUGAGGCUGACCCUCAAUUAGUCUAUUUACAAAAAAUUGGAUAUGUGGAUUAUAUAUUGACAAUUGAUUCUGAUUUGAUCAUUUAUGGAUCAGAAAAGAUUCUUUUUAAAUUUGAUGGAAGAUAUGUUGAUGAGUAUGAUAAGAAUAAGUUACUUAAACUUGAUGGUGGUGAGUUUUUAUCAAGGAAGUUAUUGGACAUCUGUAUUUUAAGUGGGUGUGAUUUUUUACCUUCUAUAAGGGGAAUUGGUCUUAAAACAGCAAUUAAAAUUUUAAAAGAAGUUCAUACAAUUGAAGCUUUUGUUAAGUAUUGUGAAUUAAAGAAUAAGAUAGUUCCUGAAGAUUAUUUGGUAUUAUUUGCUAAAGCUAAAUCAUUCUUCUUGUUUAAUAUUGUGUAUGAUCCAGUUAAAGAAUGUCGAGUUAAUCUUAAUGAAUUAGAAGAAGAGUUAGAAUUUUUAGGAACAAAAGAAAAUUUAAAGUUUAAAAUCAAUGAUAAUCUUACAAUUAAUAGACAUUUUAAACCACUAAAAUAUAAUAAAGAAAAGAAUGUCAUUAAAACUAAUCCAAUUAAAUUUAACAAAGAUAAAUAUAAUUUUUAUUAA